AUGAAUCUUCUGGUGGGCUCCUACGACAGCGACGAGGAGGAGCCGCUGGCUCGGCCGCAGGAGCUGCAAAAGGAGCCGAAGGAGCCGGCGGAGGAGACAGCGUUGCUCCCUGCCCCAGUCACUGAGAUUGCGGUUCCGGAGCCGGAAGAGGAGGAUGGGCCUGAGCAGCACGACUCCUUCUGCGAGUGCGCCGACUGUGAGAUGCUCAUGUUGAGAUUCAUGGCCAAGAACUUGCAGACCAAGGGCAUUCGCUUUAAGUGCAAGCUCUGCAACAACCUCUUCACUUCCAAGGUGGGGGCCGCGGAGCACUUCCGCACGGCGAACGCUGCGGAGAUCCGGGCCUUCAAGAAAGAGAAGAUGCCGCGGCUCUUCAAGGACGGCCCCUCAAAGCAGGAGCUCGCAGCCAUCGCCCGGAAGAAGGACUUCGAGCGGGACCGGGUCCUGGGGAAGCGGUUCCGGGACGAGGACGAGGCCUUCGGGGGCUGGGCCAAGAAGGAGAAGCCCCCGCCCCCGCCCUGCGAGAUGCCGGACGAGGGCAUGUCCCUGGCGCCGGAGAUCUUCGUGGCGCCGCCCUGGGAAGGUCAGCGCCCGUCGGACGACGACGCCACGGAGAUGGACAGAGAGUUGGACCGGCGCAUCACCCAGUCGCAGACCUUGCGCUUUUGCAAGCGGAAUGUGCUGGAGGUGAAGAAGGACACGGUGCGGUGCAAGCUCUGCUACAAGACCCUGACCAGCGUCCGACAAUGCGAGGAGCACAUUGGCCGGGACCACGAGGAGGACUUCAAGAAGGAGCUGAAGAUCUGGGAGCGGUUCCUGUUUACCACCUGCAAGCGCCAGCCCCCCUUCGGCUGGACCUGCAAGAUCUGUCAGGUCUUUUUCGCCUCGGAUGGCAAGGCAUGGCGCCACGUGGGCAAGGAGGUCUACGUCAGCUAUGAAGAGCGGCACAUGGGUGCCUGGCACGAGAAGGAGGACCGCUGGGGCCACGCAGAGGAUGAGGAGUGCUGUGGGGAUGGCAUCAACUCCGCGGGAGGGCUGAGCUACGAGAGCGUCUUGGCCUUCAACAAGGCGCAAGCUGAAGAGGAGGCCAGGAAGAAAUGCAUGGAAGAGGAGAAUGCGAAGAAGCGGGCGGAGGACAGCUCUUCGUCCUCGGAUGAGGAGCCAGCCGCCGUUGGCAAGGUGCAGCCCAUCGAAGAGUUCUGA